AGUUUAACGACGCGACUGAUCGAAAGAGAAAGUGAAAGUGUCAAAUCGCUUAUUCACGCUCAACUCCACCAACUUCUCCGCGCGUUCGAGCUGUCGGUGGUGAAUUUGACGGAUUGAGCUGCUAAACUCGGUGAAGUGUGUUCGUAAGGAUGUCUCGGGGCUCAAACGCGGGGUUUGAUCGACACAUCACCAUAUUCUCACCGGAGGGCCGCUUGUACCAAGUCGAAUAUGCCUUCAAAGCCAUCAGUCAGAGCGGCCUGACCACGGUGGGCAUCAGAGGGACGGACUGCGCUGUGCUGGUCACACAGAAGAAAGUCUCGGACUCUCUCAUGGAUGCAUCGACGAUGACAAACAUGUUCCGUCUCACUCCGCGAAUCGGAUGUGUCAUGACCGGACAUUACGCUGACAGUCGUUCUCAGGUUCAUCGGGCUCGUAUCGAGGCGGGGGAGUGGAAGUAUAAGUUCGGUUAUGACAUCACAGUGGACAUGCUGUGCCGGCGUAUGGCGGACAUCUCUCAGGUUUACACGCAGAACGCAGAGAUGAGGCCGCUGGGCUGCUGUAUGAUGCUGAUCGCUAUGGACCCUCAGAUGGGCCCCAUGCUGUAUAAAUGCGAUCCGGCCGGGUAUUUCUGCGGAUUCAGGGCGACCAGCGUCGGGGUCAAACACCACGAGGCCAACAGUUACCUGGAGAAGAAGCUGAAGAAACAGCCAGAUCUGCCCUACGACAGGACCGUGGAGAUGGCGAUCUCGUGUUUGUCUUCUGUGCUUUCAAUGGAUUUCAAAUGCACUGAGCUGGAAGUGUCUGUUGUGACCAAAGAAAACCCUAAAUUCAGGACUCUGUCAGAAGCAGAAAUUGAGCGUCAUCUGGUGGCGAUUGCAGAAAGGGAGUAACUGUUUUUACAGGUUUACCGUGUUUAUACUGUCCUGAAAGCGUGUUCAUCAGGCGUUUGCUGAUGUUUUCUAGUUUCACUGUGUAUGUGGUGUGUGUUACUGAUCAGUGACAAACUCAGUCUAUAAACCAGCAGACAGUGCACUAAUUCAUAAAUAAAAGCACCAUUUUUAUCAGUCUAAA